AUGGCUGUUUUGACCCCAAAAAAGUUUCACGGCAUCAUUGUGAUUCUCCAAAGUUUUCUGGUAAAUGCAUAUUCGAAGGGAAACAGAGAAUUUUGCGGGAGCAUAUUUGAAACUCAAGCUGGUAAGCAUGAUUUAAAACACGUCAUUUCCAAUUUUGUUUCUGUUCUAUUAUUUUUCACUUACGACGGUUCUUUCUCGUUGCAUUUUAGAUCGUGUUUUAACUGGACAUGCCUUGCGUACCAUUGUUGUUUCUCACGACUUUGAAUGCCAACUGCAAUGCCUCGGAAGUGAUAACAAGAACUGCAAGUCAUUCAAUAUCCGACCCGGAAACAAAACGAAGUACCGCGUCUGUGAGAUGAAAAACAGUUCACGGCAGCUGAAACCAAAUGAUUUCAAACAGGAAAAAGGAUCUAUAUACUAUGGUUCCUUACAGGUUGGUUUGCCUGUUUACAUUUCGGCCUCAAGUCAGUACAACAAAAGCUUGUUAGAGUCAUUAGCCAGUUUUUGUAACUUAGAUCUGGAGUGCCCAUAGGAAUUAUGUUAGUCCAGUGCUGACCCCUUACUUCACCUAACACCAAACGCAAAGUGCAUGUGAACUUAAGAAUUCCACGAUAUUAAGAAAACCGAAUUCUUGAAGUUUUGAGAUGGCUGAGAGAUCAACUAUUUGGAAACAUAUAGAAAGUGAUAAGAGCGCAUCGCAUCGAAAAGACUACAAGGGGCCUUAAAUUUAUUUCGGUAAAAGAAAAAAUACUUGAUAAAGCUUAUCGAAACAUCAUUGCAUAGUCUACCUAUGAAACAGUUUUUUGACUCGUUCAUUUAUGACUCUAGAUCUCGUGCAUUGAUGUCUCCCUCCGGCGCAGUGGAAAAACAAAGAGAGGUCAAUGUCAUUCAGGCUAUAAGGGGAAACAUUGUGAAAAAUGUGAGUACAGUUAUCAAUUUAUCCUAAGUUUGGUCUCUUUUCAUUUCAAUUAUUUUAUUUAAAAAGGGAGUUUUUUUUAUUUCCGUUUGAGGAACCUGCUAGCUGUGGGCGCAACUCAAAAUGCUAUUCAAUCAAGAAAAAAGGGUUUUUGCUCAAUGUUAGCGCGCGCGCCAGCGUAAUGUUUUUUCUAGAAUAUGUUUUGUUUUUGCUUUUCAAGGUCAUUUAAAGCCAUAAAAAAAGGCGAUGAGCCAGGUUCGCACCAUCGUUUGUUUUAGGCGACGCUCAUCAACGAUACUGUUUGGCUUUGCCUUUGAUUUUCUUAAAUUUGCUACGGUGAAAUCUCUCAAAAUUUUCACAAUUUGUGAAAUUUGUCCUCCCGAUCAUUUAAAAGCCGAAAAAAUAGGGGUUACAGAGGAAGUUUCCUCGCUAUUUGUAAUUUUUUGUUUACUUCCUCUAUCUCAAAUUUGGCCUUAUGAAUUUUUUUAUCAACAGGCACUAGGAAGGGCACAAAUUUGUUUAACGGUCCAGCAAAUCUUAGGAAAUUCCACUGAAGGAAACGCGAUAAAUCUUGCUCGAAAGAUCCCUAUUUUCAAGUUCGUCGCAAAACAUUAAGUUAUGGAAUAGGAUUUCACCAAGAUCUAUACCUGGCUGCAUGGGUAAACUAUCGAAUCCAUCGCCUUUUGGCAAUCUUUCCCACGGUGCUUUCCUUUUGGGCCUAGGAAUAUUACAGGUGCAGUUGCUGGAAACCCUAGAUUCCAUCACAUAAAAACUGCAAUGAGUUAAACUGUUUUAGCACACCCUUUCAGAUAAUAAUCGUGCGUAUCGUGCCACCAUGUUUGUUUUGCAUAGUGCCUUGUAAAGCUUAUGCCAUGUUUGCACCCAGAUCUCGUGCCGUCAAAAAACCCUAUGGAGCCUCCUGCCGGUCACGAAUUGGUUCUUUGGCCUUCGGGGAGACAGGGAACUAUUUAUUUUUCAUAAAUGUUAAGACAUUUACAGGUUUUCACGUAUAAAAGACGUUCCCUACAAACUUGUUGAUUUUUACUAAAUGUUCAAAUCGUUUUUAGUCUGUCCAACAGGAUGGACUUUGUUCAAAAAUAACUGUUACUUAUUCAAUGACUCUGAUAUGACUUGGCUCCAAGCUCAAAUGUUCUGCCGCGGCCUGAAAGGGGAACUGGUGAAGAUUAACAGCGCCGAAGAGAACGAGUUCGUCUGGGACCUCGCAACAAGGCAAGCUCCGUCUGUGAAAUAUUGGAUUGGGCUGAAGUGGAACUCAGCAGCGAAUGAUUUCUACUGGUAUGACCAUUCAGUUCCAGUUUACAAGAAUUGGGCUACAGGUGAGCCGAAUGGAAAUGCUGCUGAGCCAUGUGGUCACAUGUACGGUCUUUCCUCGCCAUCUAAGGAACAGCGUUGGAACGAUAGCCCUUGUAACCGAACCAUGGGAACUGCUUGCCAAAGAGUUCUCUAGCCCAGUUAACCCAAAAGUGCUAGUUGUAAAGAACAGUUAACAAGUGAACGAUUCCAUUAAAGUAAUAUGAUCAUGUAGUUGGUGAAAUUUGUAACCAAAAUAUGUGAAGAAAAAGAUAACCGCUCCUUAAAAUAAAACUUCUAUAGAAAGAAUAAAGUAUAAGCCAAAAGCCAUGAAGGAACGGAGAAAUAGGAUCAGUUUGUUAAUAUGCUAAGAUUUUAAAACAGAAUGGAUAUAAGUAAAGAUGACCAUGUCUGGGGAAGUCCUCUUUUGAGGGAGAUAAACUCAUGCGUUUGAUUAAUACACGAAAGGCUGUAAAAACCCUGCAU